GAACCUCCGCCCCGUUCCUCCGCUCCGCCCGCUCGCUCGCCUCUAGGCCCGGAGCCGCUGCUCCGCCCUGUCCGCUCGCCUCCUGUCCCGCAGCAGCUGCUCCGCCCGACUCCAGACGCCGUCGCUGUCCGCCCGGCGCCCAACCCGCCUCCGCCCCACGCCGGAGUUUGCUCAGGGGCGUUACAGACAUUUCAGCAUACAACUCGUCCCAUAAUCUGAGAUCACAAUCUCGGAAAAGAACUCGACACCUGAUUCUGGCUGAUUCUGGGGGAAGCUGAUUCUCGGGGAAGUUUCCCAAAAGCUGAUUCUGGAGAAUCAAAAGGUAGCAGCUGCUUGGUGGUGGACAGGGCAAGAUGUCUGGCAAUCCUUCCGGCGUGGACAACACUUUCCGAAGGAAAUUUGACAAGGAGGAGUACUUGGAGCGAGCUCGACAGAGAGAGCGGGAUGAGAAGGACGAAGCCAGGAGAGGCAAGGAUAGGGGCCCUCCUGUGCAAAGACAGCCUUUGAAGCAUAGGGAUUAUGAAGUUGAUCUUGAGUCUCGUCUUGGUAAAACCCAGGUGGUAACCCCAAUCGCACCUUUGAGUCAGCAGGCUGGUUACUACUGUUCAGUAUGUGAGUGUGUUGUUAAAGAUUCAGCCAACUAUCUGGACCAUAUAAAUGGCAAGAAGCAUCAGAGAGCAUUGGGCAUGUCUAUGCGUGUUGAGAGGGCUUCACUCGAACAGGUUCAAAAACGGUUUGAGGCACUCAAGAAGAGGAAGGACCCAGCCAGCUUCAGUGAACAAGAUUUGGACGAGAGGAUAUGGAAACAGCAGCAAGAGGAGGAGGAGAAGAAACGUCAACGCAGAGAAAAGAAGAAAGAAAAGAAGAAAGAGCAGGCUGGUCAGAAUGAGCCUGAGGACAUUGAUCCUGAUGUCGCUGCUAUGAUGGGCUUCGGCGGGUUCGGCACCUCUUCAAAGAAGUGAAUUGCUUCUUCGGGUGGCGUCAUUUAGUUGGUCUGUGGCUGUUGAGGACGACGCCGUGGCUCUGUGCACCUGGAUCUCAGCAUAGUUCAGACACAGCUCUGAUCAGUCUCUUAGGGCCUUGUUUGCAACAGCUACUUGAUAAUAUCCAUGAAACAAUACUUGAUGCUGGAACAAUUGAGCUUCUGUAAUUGAACGGGGACCUGUGAUCAUUUGAUAACCAUUUCAUUUUAGAAAUGAGAUGACCGUUCGUCUACAUGCCGCUGUGUCAUUUGAGGGGCAUUUUAUCUUUGAGAAAUGACAUGACUGAUUCGCCUA